AUGGCCCUGCCAGAGGAGCUGCGCAGUGGGCGCUUCUGGCACGAGCUGCUGGCAGAGGCAGCUGCCACCUUCAUCUUCGUGGGGAUGCUGCUGGGGGCUUCGGCGGCCCCAGGGCCACUGGCACCGGCGCUGGCCGGGGGGCUGGUGGCUGGGGGGUUGACCUGUACCCUUGGGGCACCCCAGGCCAACCCAGCUUUCACCCUGGCCCUGCUCUGCACCCGUAAGCUGGGUGCCCUGCGUGGUGCCAGCGCGCUGCUGGCUCAGUGUGCCGGGGCCGUGCUGGCGUCCGCCGCCGCCCGCGUGGUGCUGCCGCCCACCGCCAGCCUGGUCACCAGGGUCAGUGCAGAGGGGACGGCAGGACAGGCCCUGGCAUGGGAGAGCUUUGCCACCUUCCAGCUGGCACUGGCCACCUUCAGCGCCGAGCGCCUGGCUCCAUGGGGUGGGCUGCUCCUGGGCAGUGCCGUGGCUGCUGGUGCCCUGGCUGCAGGGCCGGUCUCGGGGGGCAGCCUGAACCCCGCGCGCUCGCUGGGACCCGCCGUCGUCACCGGCGUCUGGGACCAUCACUGGGUGUACUGGCUGGGCCCCAUUCUGGGUGCUGUCCUGGCUGGAUUCUCCUAUGAGUUCCUCUUCACCCCCGAUGCCCCCCGGGAGCACCUUUGUUCCUGCAUCACCUGCAGGGACAUGGCACUGGUGGAGACCACCAGCCCAGCCCCCUCCUCACCC